GAUGGCGGACGAGAUGGACGUGGAAACAUCGACAACGGGCUCUAAAAGUUCUAAAGACGAAGCAAUGGAAGUAGAUUUACCACAAGUAGACAGAGUAACAAGUAAGGGGUCAUCUGGUGCAGGUAGUAGCACUGGAAAAAGCUCCAAAGGCUUCGAACUGCCGUGGGUGGAAAAAUACCGACCAACCAAACUGCAGGAAAUAGUUGGAAAUGAAGAAACUGUUAGUCGCUUAGAGGUUUUUGCAGAGCAAGGAAAUGUUCCGAACAUCAUCAUUGCGGGUCCCCCUGGUACAGGAAAGACCACAAGUAUCUUAUGUUUGGCCAGGGCACUUUUGGGCACUUCAUUCAAAGAUGCUGUGCUUGAACUAAAUGCAUCUAAUGACAGAGGAAUUGAUGUGGUGCGUAACAAGAUUAAGAUGUUUGCUCAGCAGAAAGUUACUUUACCAAAAGGCAGGCACAAAAUUAUAAUUUUGGAUGAAGCAGACAGCAUGACAGAUGGUGCACAACAGGCUCUUAGAAGAACAAUGGAAAUCUACUCCAAAACUACACGCUUUGCUCUGGCUUGCAACACAUCCGAGAAAAUUAUUGAGGCGAUCCAGUCCAGAUGUGCUGUUCUACGAUAUUCAAGAUUGACUGAUGCACAAGUCUUACACAGACUUUUAGAAGUUUGUGAAAAAGAACAGGUCACCAAAACUGAUGAUGGAUUGGAAGCAAUUGUCUUCACAGCUCAAGGGGAUAUGAGACAGGCGAUAAACAACCUGCAAUCUACCUUUUAUGGAUUUGGAUUUGUUAACAGUGAAAAUGUGUUUAAGGUUUGCGAUGAACCGCAUCCUCUGUUGAUUCGAGAGAUGAUCAAGUCAUGUUCAACAGGGGACAUUGACGAAGCUUACAAGGUUCUCUCACAUUUGUGGUACAUGGGGUAUGCUCCAGAGGACAUCAUAACCAACAUCUUCCGAGUGUGCAAGAACUAUCAGAUGUCAGAAUACCUCAAACUGGAGUUUAUUAAGGUAAGACGAACUGUUAAGCUGUGCAAGCAUUAG